AGCGGGAUGCUGAGAGGAAUCGCCGCGUCAGCAGCGCCGCUCCUGGCGCCAGGAGGGCGGUCCUGGUCCCGAUCCCGGGGCGUCGAGGAGCGCUUGGGAGGCGGAGGUGGCCGGAGCUGGAGGCCUCCGCGGCCCUCGCAGGGAUGUGACUCGUUGAGCUACGGGGAAGUGCCCGUCUCUGGGGAAAGUGGGUCCCAAUCGGGGAGCAGGCGAGGGGGGCCCCGCUCGCGAACGGGAUAUGCGCCAUGGCCUCGGUGAAGGUGGCUGUCAGAGUCAGGCCCAUAAACCGCAGGGAACAGGAGCUGGAUGCUAAGUUUAUUAUUUCAAUGGAGAAAAAUCAAACAACAAUUACAAACAUAAAGAUACCAGAGGGAGGAACUGGGGACUUGGGAAGAGAACGAACAAAAACAUUUACCUAUGAUUUCUCCUACUUCUCAGCUGAUCCUGAAAGUCCAAUCUAUGCAUCUCAGGAAAUGGUAUUUAACAACCUUGGUAUUGAUGUCCUCCAAUCUGCUUUUGAAGGUUAUAAUGCCUGUAUUUUUGCCUAUGGACAAACUGGAUCUGGGAAGUCUUAUACAAUGAUGGGAAAUGCUGGAGAUACUGGUUUAAUACCUCGGAUUUGUGAAGGAUUAUUCAACCGAAUAAAUGAGAAAACACGGUGGAACGAAGCCUCCUUUCGAACAGAGGUCAGUUACCUAGAAAUUUACAAUGAGCGGGUCAGGGAUUUACUGAGGCGCAAGUCUUCAAAAACAAAUAACUUAAGAAUUCGUGAGCAUCCAAAAGAGGGACCUUAUGUUGAAGAUCUGUCAAAACACUUAGUACAAAAUUAUAGCGAUGUGGAGGAACUUAUGGAAGGAGGAAACAUAAAUCGAACCACUGCUGCAACUGGAAUGAAUGACGUUAGCAGCAGAUCCCAUGCCAUUUUCACAAUCAAUUUCACUCAGGCUAAGUUUGACACCGAAAUGCCAUGCGAGACUGUCAGCAAGAUACAUUUGGUAGACUUAGCUGGAAGUGAGAGAGCAGAUGCCACUGGUGCUACAGGUGUCAGAUUAAAAGAAGGAGGAAAUAUAAACAAAUCCCUAGUUACUCUGGGGAAUGUAAUUUCUGCCUUAGCUGAUAUAUCUCAGGAUGCCUCAAACCCUCUUAUAAAGAAAAAACAAGUAUUUGUGCCUUACAGGGAUUCUGUGUUGACAUGGCUUUUGAAAGAUAGCCUAGGAGGAAACUCUAAAACAAUAAUGAUUGCAACUAUAUCACCUGCUGAUGUCAAUUAUGGAGAAACAUUGAGCACCCUUCGCUAUGCAAACCGAGCUAAAAACAUAAUCAACAAACCUACCAUUAAUGAAGAUCCAAAUGUCAAGCUAAUUCGUGAGCUUCGAGCUGAAAUUGCCAGACUGAAAACUCUGCUUGCUCAGGGGAACCAGAUUGCACUUCUGGAUUCUCCAACAGCUUUGAGUAUGGAAGAAAAACUGCAGCAGAAUGAAGCAAGAGUGCAAGAACUUACCAAAGAGUGGACCAAUAAGUGGAAUGAAACCCAGAAUAUUUUAAAAGUAAGCA